UUAAGAGACCCGAGGAUCUGUACAGGAAUGGAUUCACCCAGCCACCUCCUGUCUGAGGAGCAGCUGAAGUGCUCCAUCUGUCUGGAUGUUUUUACCAACCCAGUGUCCACUCCAUGUGGGCACAACUUCUGCAUGCAGUGUAUUGGAGAGUACUGGGAUACCACCGACGUGUGCUUGUGUCCGAUGUGUAAGAAGCCAUUCUUUGGAAGACCCGAUCUUCACAUUAAUACCACUUUGAAGGAAAUCGUUGAGCAGUUCAAGGUGACCCACAUCAGCACGUCUGAGGAGUGUCUUGUGAGACCAGGCCAAGUGCCCUGUGACUUCUGCACUGGAAGAAAGCUCAAGGCGGAGAAAUCGUGUUUGGUGUGUCUGGCUUCCUACUGUGGGACACACGUCCUACCUCACCACCUGGGAGAUGCUUUCAGGAGCCACACCCUGGUGGACCCUGUGGGCAACCUCGCAGACAAAGUGUGCAAGAAGCACCACAGACUCCUGGAGUUCUUCUGUAGGAGAGACAGGAUCUGCAUCUGCCAGUUCUGCAGAGAGACAGACCACAGAGCACACGAGGCUGUCCCUAUUCAGACAGAAUGGGAGAAGAAGAAGCCUUAUUUACAAAUGGCAGAGGUGGACAUACUACGGAUGAUCCAGGACAGACAGAAGAAGGUGGUUGAGAUCAGGCAGUCGGUGGAGCUCAUGAAAAGCAGCACGCAGAGAGAGAUUCAGGAGAGUGUCCAGGCCUUCGCUGCCCUGGUCAGCUCGAUUGAGAGGAGCCAGACUGAGCUCAUUGCACUGAUUGAGGAGAAGCAGAGAGCAGAAGAGAAGAGGGCUGAGGGGCUCAUUACAGAGCUGGAGCAGGAGAUCGCUGAGCUGCAGAGGAGAAACACUGAGAUGAUGCAGCUGUCCCACACUGAGGACCCUUUCUACUUUCUACAGAGCUUCCCCUCUCUGUCCACCUUGCCGAAAACCAAGAACUGGUCCUGCGUCACACCCGCCACCCACCUCUCCUUGGGGGCUGUGAGGACAUCGGUGUCUCAGCUGGUGGAGAGGUCCCAGAAAGAACUGGACAAGCUUUCUGAAACAGCCAGAUGGAUAACAAGGCCUCCGGACGCCGCCCGGCACCAGGGAGACGCCAAGAGCAAGAGGUCCCGGUUCAAACUGUUAAGCAUGAUGAAACCGAAGGAGAGGAAGACCUACCGAGUGCCGUCCGGCGGCCCCGCGGAGCGAGGCGAGGCGAGGAGGAGGAGCGCGAGUGGAGGGAGCGGCUCAGAGCCCGGGGGCUCAGGCGUGGAGGAGAGCUUGUACGACGACUGCUCGUACAGCGGGGAUGAGGUUCGGCUUGCGUCCGACGACGGCGGGAUCACCGCUGUGGCUUUGUACGACUACGAAGCUGAAAGCGGGGACGAGAUCUCCAUUGACGUCAAUGACAUCGUCACCGACAUCGUCAAGGUCAGCGAGGGCUGGUGGUGGGGCCAGUGUAAAGGAGCUCAUGGCCUGUUCCCUUCCAAUUAUGUGGACCUCAGGUCAUAGAGGACUACAGCGGUUUUGCCUGCAAUCAGUACUUCCAGAUCUCCAGCCAGAUACACCACUAUAAUAGAUUAUCUCAGCAAUUUGAACACAAAAUCUGUUUCUCUGGUUUUCUGUUCUUGAAUGCGGUACAUGGCACAGUGGGUGCACAGCAAACAAAAAAAACAUGAUACAUUUACACAAAUAUAGUAUUGGUUUUGAUUUCUGCCAAAUUGUCUCGCGUAUUUUGACUGCCAGCAAAUGGAAAGAUGUUUUUUUUUGUAUUUGAUCAUUCUACAAGAAUUAGAUUGUGUAAAUCUGAUCUUUGGAAUCAGGGAUUGUUUCAUAUCCCAGCUCUGGAGGACCACCGUGUCUACAGGCUUUCAGUUCAGCUGGGCUUCUAAUAACCUUCUAAUGAAUCAGCACAGUCAUUGUGGAUUUAGACCAGUUUUAAAGCAUCUCAAGGCUUAAGUAAGCCCUAUCAGGCAUAGCGCCCCCUCCAGUGCCAGGAUUGAAGGUCCCCUGACAUGAAGCCUGUUAACUCUUCUGUAUGGUUCCCUUCCAAACAAUAAUAAAAGAAAAUGACUCCCACCAA